AUGGUGUCCAAGACGAUCAACAUCGCCAUGCGUGGCCUCCAGUUCCUCUGGGCACUCCUCAUCAUGGCACUCGUCGGCGACAUGAUCGCAACCUCCUUCGCCGGCGAUCACAGCAUGGUCAACUUCGACAUGUUUGUGGCAGUAUUCGCUAUGCUCUCGCUGUUCUACCUCAUAGCCGCUACCAUAAUGGAGAGCAUUUUCAUCCCGAUCGCCGUCAUUACACUCGACGUGCUCAACACCGUGCUCUUCCUUAUCGCUGGUAUUGCGACCGCAGCAUACCUUGGCGUGCACAGCUGCAGCAACGAUGAGUACACUGAGAGGAACGUCAUCACCAACGGCUCACUCAAUCGUGGCAAGCGCUGUCGCGAAGCACAAGCCGCGACCGCAUUUCUCUGGUUCGGCUUCGCUGCAUUCGCUGCGUCUGCCGUGCUCUCGUUCAUGCAAAGCCGGGGCAGCGCCAAUAUGAGGUCCGGCGGUAUCCGCAGGGGCCCGACUAUGAGCCAGGUUUAA